UCCAGUAGGAGCGCUGUGGUUGUUUAUGAUGUGCGGGCUGGGUGUAUGUGUGGUGGGGCUCGGGGCUGGCUCCAGGGAGGUGAAGUCACACGGGUGUCUGGUUCGGAGACUCUGUGUGUAGUGUGAGGAGAGCGCGUCCCCGGAUCUCCCCCGUCCCAGCCUCUCCUCCCUCCCGGCGCUCAGCUCGCACCCCUCCUCCGCCCCCACCGACACUGCCAGCCUCAGAGCCAUCUUGGUUGUGACUGAGCAUCUUCUUUUUCUUCCCACAGGCAAGAAACCGAGUCCAUUGAGACACCAUGAAGAUCAAGGAUGGCAAGAAGCCGUCUUUCCCAUGGUUUGGUAUGGACAUUGGUGGAACAUUGGUUAAACUUGCUUAUUUUGAACCGAUUGACAUUACUGCAGAAGAAGAACAGGAGGAAGUAGAAAGUUUAAAGAGCAUUCGUAAAUACCUAACUUCAAAUGUAGCAUAUGGUUCAACAGGCAUUCGAGAUGUACAUUUGGAAUUAAAAGGCUUGACUCUCUUUGGUAGAAGAGGUAAUAUGCACUUCAUUCGAUUUCCAACUCAAGACCUUCCUAGAUUCAUUCACAUGGCUAAAGACAAAAACUUCUCAACUUUGCACACAGUCUUGUGUGCAACAGGCGGUGGUGCUUAUAAAUUUGAAGAAGAAUUUCGGACGAUCGGAAAUCUUCAGUUGCACAAAGUGGAUGAACUGGACUCCUUGGUUAAAGGCUUGUUGUACAUUGACUCUAUCAGUUUUAAUGGUCAGGCUGAGUGUUACUAUUUUGAAAAUGCCUCCCACCCUGAGAGAUGCCAGAAGAUGCCUUUCAAUUUAGAUGAUCCUUAUCCUCUACUUGUUGUAAACAUUGGAUCUGGAGUCAGUAUACUUGCAGUCCAUUCCAAAGAUUGUUACAAAAGAGUCUGUGGAACAAGCCUAGGUGGUGGUACAUUCCUUGGCCUCUGCAGUUUACUGACAGGCUGUGAGAGCUUUGAAGAAGCUCUAGAAAUGGCUUCAUCUGGAGAUAGCACCCAUGCCGACAAACUAGUUAAGGACAUCUAUGGAGGAGACUAUGAAAGAUUUGGACUUCCUGGUUGGGCUGUUGCUUCCAGUUUUGGGAACAUGAUCUACAAAGACAAACGGGAAUCUGUCAGUAAAGAAGACCUUGCUAGAGCCACUCUAGUAACCAUAACAAAUAACAUUGGCUCCAUAGCAAGGAUGUGUGCAGUAAAUGAGAAAAUAAACAAAGUUAUAUUUGUGGGGAAUUUUCUUCGAGUGAAUACCCUUUCAAUGAAACUUCUCGCCUAUGCCCUGGAUUAUUGGUCCAAUGGCCAGUUGAAGGCAUUAUUUUUGGAACAUGAGGGUUAUUUUGGAGCUGUCGGUGCUCUCUUAGGCCUACCGAAUUUCUCCUAGGAAAAGCAGUAUUUACAAAUCGCAAGAAAUCCAUUCUUCCUCGGAAUUUUAACUUGUUUUAUAAUCAGUGGGCACCAAAGGAGGGAACUGUUUCUGUAUAAUAAUAAUUGUCUUAACACUUUUUCAAAAUUAUUGGUAAGCUGCUGAAUGAUGCCAUAAAGGAAACCUUGGAAACUGAUCAUCCCUUAAUCAGCGAGUUUCCUAUUGGUUUAAUAAUACUUUAUAUGGAGCCAGUAUUAAACCGAAUAUCACCCACUGAAAGUACGGGCUAUACAGAAUUUAAUUAUAAUUCUGUAACUUUUGGCAAACUGAUAAGAACCUCCCUAAAACCGCAACAUGUAGUGUAACUUCAGUUGGGGUCAUUCAUAAUUUCACUUUAGUGACCCUUUGGAACAAGAUUUGUUUUCCUCUUCUGAUUGUGGCAAGUUGUAUAAAGUCCAUGUUUCAUCAUUCCGUAAAACAUAUGUGGUUAUUUGUUAUACCACCUAUUUUUAUUUUAUCAUCCCUCUGGUUUGCCACUUUUCCUAGGGAUAAUACGAAAAUAUAAAGCACAUGGAUUUUUUUUUUAAUUAAUUUUUUUUUUUUUUUAAAUAUACCUUUUAGGGGUAUAGAUGACUCUCUCAUUUUAUGUAGCUUGAGAAGAAUUGAGAAGAAUUUUAACAUCUGGCAGGUCUGUUGUUAAUGAAUCAACAAACAGAUAACAUUUUAACAAUGUUCUCAUUCAGCUCUUAGUGCCCCUUCAGUCUCAAAUGUCCAUUCCGUUUAAGGCCAGUGUUAAGAGUGCAUUUAAACGUGUCCUGUCUUGAAAACAGGAUGCAGAUCCGUUUUCAUCCUUGCUAGUGUUUCUUUUUAUGUUGUAUCAUUUUUGAUACUGCAGACCUUUUUAUCUUUUGAGGUAUUCUUAAAACUGGGCAUUGCUUAUUGUUUCCUAUGUUUUUUUUUUUUUGUUUUUUUUCAUUUUAUGCUUCUCAAAGAUUCUGAGCAAGUUUGGUAUCUAUAUGGGAUAAAACAGACAUUCCAGGUCAUCCUGUUGACUGGGACCUGCAAUUUGUUUUGUCAGGCGCUUCAGUUUUGCCAUAAUACUCACUUGUAUUAAUAAUUUUGUGCUUACACUAUCUGCCUUAAGAAAUUGCGACGGUUCCCUGCUAACUAAUGUGCAGUGCUUACAUUGUGAUGGUUACAAGUAUUGCUAAUCAAAUAUUACCUGACUGGAUAUACUAAUGUGCCAUAGGGGAGGGAGCGUUCAGACUGGAUUGUGUAGAGAAAUUAUUUUGGGGGAAAAAGCUGGCACGUCAUUGCUGCUAAUGUUAACUGUGAAUCCAAAGAUUUGUGUAAGAACUGGAAUAGUAAUAGUGUAUAAGUGAAAAGCAUUUAUCCUUCAUUUGUGUAUUGUUUUCCUUUCUUUGUAUUUAACCAGAUCAGGUUUGUAGUUCUCGUCUAUCCCAUUAGAGGUGCAGUUAGAAUGAGGAUUGGACCCUCCCAAAAUAUUUUUAAAGGGAAACAAUGUUUCUUGUUGAAUACAAACCACUUAAAUGUGAGUCAUUUCUCUUUGAAAGCAGUGUAUUUGCACGUAUUCUACUUGGUAAAGUCGUAUCCUGUACACUCUCAUGCAUUUCUCUUGUAUCUCAAAUCCCUGUAUUAAAUUAAAAAUAAUUGUAAGUUCAUAUAAAACAAACUCACAGGAUAAUAUUGUAUUUGGUACAUGUAAGAUAUCACACACUCUCGUUGUAUUGUUUCCUCUUCAACAUAUCUUGGAGACAAUCUACAAUGCAUCUUAGACUGUGUUUUUGCUAAGACAAAUUAAAGCCAGUAAAUGUUGUAUUUCUGCAAUUAAUGGUCCUAACUAUACUUUGUUUUGUUUUAUUCCCACCAGAGUGUCUGUGUUCAUCACUCUAACCCAUGUACUUGGCACAAGUGAUGUGGUACAUGCCAUGUAUUCUUUGAAUUAUUUUUAGUGUAACUAGAAUGCUGAAGAAUACAUGAAUUACAUUGGUGGACAUAUGUCUCUUACAGUAUUUGUGGCACACACGUCUAUAUUUUACACACAUUUGAAAAAGGAUACUGAACAACACAUCCUAUAUGGAUUGAGGGCAUUUUAGUGCUCUUCUCAGACACCUUUGCCUUCACUGGUUUUCUUUGUAAAAUAGCAAAUCUCAUACAGUUAAAAAAAAAAAAAUGUUGGUCUUGAGCAGAAAAGCAAAACGGGGCUGCCAAUUAAUAAGUAAACUUUUGAGACCUCUUUCAGUAGUCAGUAUUUGGAGAAAUAUCGUCAACCUGCUCACUGGAGCUUUUUGUUUGUACAAAACAUAUUUGAUGCCUGUUUUGUUCUGUAUUAAAGUGGAAUUUGAAAAAAAAUUAAGAGUGCUCGCCUAUGUGCACGAACAGUAGAUUUUGGACUGUGGAAGCUCCUGCUUGAUGUUCCAUAGCUGAUCUCUUGCUGCGCAGUAAGGUGCCAUAGGCAUAUGUUGCACAUCGCACAACAUGUUGAACAGUAGUUGAUGGGAAAUGAGGAGACUCCGCCUGUAGACAAAAAUUAGCAGUUUUAUGAGACAAAGUUGUCCUUGCUUUGUCUCAUGUGUGCUGUUUGAUUGUGUUUGCAUUUCAGAGAUAAACAAAGAGCAUUUUAUAAAGAUUGUCUUUACAAAAAGCUCAAAGGUGACAGAAUUGCUUUAAUCAGUAACUUGAAGCGUGCUCCCUCUUCAGAUGCCUAUUUGCUGUUGCAGAAAUGUAGCGUUAUGAAUAGUGCUAGAAGCACUGUUGUAAGGACCACAGUACAUUGCUUUGGGUAAAAGUACAUCAUUUGCCUACUAAACGGCUUAUCUCUUUAGGUAUUCAUGAUUUGCAAGGCAGCAACAUGUGGGUCCAAGAUUUACGGGUUCAUUAGGGGCUUGUUGCUUCUGUAAAUAUGUAUGGUUAUUAUAUUGAAAGUAAUCCGGGUUUUGAAACAUUUAACAAAAUUUAUUGUCUGUUCCUGUGACGUUUAUCUUUUAAUUAAGUAAUUUUUGAGUGAAUAGAAUUGCCAGGUCCUUCUUUACGUGCAUAUCUAGUUCUUCUAUAUCUAUGUGAGCACUCUCUGGUCUUGUGCAAACUCAAAAUACUGCUCUAUUAGUACAAAUAGUCAAAGUUUCAAUCCACCGGGACUUCCUGUGGCCACGGAAGUACUGGAUCUCAUAUAUUUUUGAAUUCUGGGUUGUCAUUUGAUUGCCAGUUGUAUGACCAUUAUUUCUCUCUGUGUAUCUCUCUAUAUAAUCUCUCUCAACUUGAUUAAAGCUCUGCGCAUAUGUAGUGUCUAGUAUAUCUAUUGGUGUUACUCUUGAUAGGCAUACUGGUAGUAUCAGUCCAUCAGUCGGUAGAUUUUAUAUACUGGCCGUUAGAAAUGCAGUGCAAAUUGUUUAAUUGAUCAUCUUUACAUUUGAAAAGUUGCUAAUGCAUAGUUAUUUUUAACACUACAAAUACUGGUUUAGCAAGGUUGUUGCUUCUUUUCUGUGCUACAAGUUUGGUACCCCCACUCCCUAAUGUACACGCAAUUAGCAUUGCUUUUAUUUUUGUGGGUCUUGGAGACUCCUAUGAUUAUUGCACUUGCCUUAAUGCAGUUGAGUAUGUUUUUGCCACAUGAUAAUGUAGUGUGCGGAUCUGUUUACUUGUGUUUUUAAAUAUGUAAAUAUCCAUUUACUAAAAUCUGUAUUACCCACAAAGACCAAAAGGAUAUUUUGAACUGUCAGAUUUACAUUUUGUAGUAAAAUGUUUUGGUUUGUGCCACUUUAUUUUUCUGUAUCAUUGGUCAGAUGAAACAAGCCCCUGUACGUGCAAAAUAAUUCUGAUCUGAAACAUACAUACAUAUAUAUUUAUUAUUUUAAAACCUUCUUCCUAUAUUUAACUGAGUGAAGAUGUGAUUCUUGUUUACUAGUGCUAAUGGAAGAGGCACUAUAGGACAUUUAAUAAUCAAUGUGAAGUUUAGUGUGCUAUGUUUCUCUGUUUCUGUCUCUGAUAUAUUUACGUCUGUUAAUGUUAAGUUGAGUACUAAAUCUUUGGCUACAUCUAAUUUAGACCUUGACCAUACUUGUGCUCUCUAAGAUCCAAAAGGACUUAUUCAAAGCUUAGAAGUCCUACUUUUGGCUUGUAAUUGUUUUGACCAUCGCAUCCUUCCUUGACUUAUAACGUAGCUUAGAGCUGCCUUCCCCCCCAGGAUUGUACUAUGUUUUAUGGACAUUGCCUACUCUCAAACUCACAGAAUACAGCUUUUUAAAGACACAAUUCAUUGAUCUCUUUCAAUGGGUAAGCUGUAGAUCGAUCAGCAAUUCAUUGGUUUGUAAUUAAAUGUAAAGUAGAUUUAAAAUACACAUGCUUUUUUCUGUAUGGGGUAGAGCUAGUGAUUAGGUAUUGACUUUAUGAUUUGGCAAUCCUAGAAUUAUGUAAUAUACAGAUUAUAACCUAAUCAAAACUGAAUGCACAAGUGCUUUAUUAACCAUAUUUACAGAACAAAAUUGGGUUUUUGCCACAAAGAUCAUAUUAAAAGUGUUUUAUACUCUAGCACAGAAUUUCUAAAAUGUUUAAGUGUUUAGGAGCCAGCGAAAUGUCCAAAAUACCCAGGAGCAAGCAGUAACUACAUCAUGAUUAUUCACUACUUGACUUCUUUGUCUGGUAGUGUGCUCUUCAUCCCAAAACGCAUAAGGUUCUUUCACCCCAAAUUAAGGAGAGAAUAAAGGUUUUACAUUUUUGGUGAAAAUCUGAUUUUCCUAGUGCGGCUGUGUUUCCUUUAGUUUUGUGGCUAUUGGCAAUGCAUCCAAAACGUCUCGAACUUUACUCCUGACUCUUAACAUUGUGUCCUGUUGCUAUUUCCUUUGCAUUUUUCUGCCUCUUUAAACUUCAGUUCAAUACAUAUAAGCUCAUAAGAAAAGUUACACAAACUUUUUGCUGUUAAUUUUAUAACCCUUAUUUGAAUCCAACUGGAAGUAGGUUAUACUGCAGUGGGAUUGAGUUUUUUCUU